UCCUAGGUCACAUGUGGGACAGCGACAUCGCGUACCGGAAAGGAUCAACAAAAAUCUGGGUACCAAAUUACCCUCCUUUGCGCCAGUUACUACUCGAAGAAUACCACGACGUCCUGUACGCCGGACACUUCGGUAGCAACAAGACGCUCACCGGUAUCGCCAAAAACUACUACUGGCCCCACAUGGCAGACGACGUCCAGAAAUUCGUCACCUCGUGUGAGACAUGUCAGCGGAUGAAGAGCAGCAAGCAGAAAAAGGCGGGACUACUGCAGCCUCUUCCUGUCCCAGAACAGCCAUGGCAAGUGGUUAGCCUAGACUUCAUCACCGGGUUACCACCUACCACCAGCCGUCAUGACGCAAUCCUUGUCGUCAUUGACAAGUUCUCCAAAAUGGGACACUUCAUCCCGACACACAUGACAGCACGCACCGAGGAGACAGCACAGCUCUUCGUUCGUCACAUCAUCUCCCAGCAUGGCAUCCCAACCACACUCAUUUCCGACCGAGACCCCAAGUUCACCAGCAAGUUCUGGAAGGAACUUAUGUCUCUUCUCGGGACCAAACUCGCCAUGUCAUCCGCAUACCAUCCGCAGACAGACGGACAGACCGAGCGCCUCAACCAAAUUGUUGAGCAACUCCUCCGAGCAGCCUGCAAGGACGACAUCUCCAAAUGGGACUUGCACCUGCCCGUACUAGAGUUUGCUUACAGCAAUGCUACGCAUGCCGCUACUGGACAGACGCCGUUCUUCCUCUGCUACGGACGCCACCCACUCACACCACAGAAACCGACAACAUCUGCUACGCGCCGGGGCCGCCGCCCCAAAGGGGGGCGUGGUGGUGGGGGUGGUGGGGGUGGUGGGGGUGGUGGAGGUGAUGGAGGUGGGGGCGGGGACAGUGGGUCCAAUGAGGGGACCGGGGCUGACCUUUACCCGCCUCCUUGCUAUCAGUCUCACUCUCAGGCUCAUGCAGGAGUGAGAGAAUGUGCUUCCGAAGGCGAGAUUGGUCCUCUGAAAGGCUAUCAGGCGCAGACGGGAGAGAAAGAAAAAGGAGCAGGCGGGAGUGAAAGGGAAUGGAGCAGAGGGGGAGAUCGGGCGUGGGGUUCAAGGGAAGAGGCCGGACGGCUCGUUGCUGCCUGUGCUGGCAGUGCGGAGGACAGGGCAUUGUCAGGAGGAGAGAGAGGGUGCAUGACGGGGGGGAGAGCGAUGAUGAGAGUGAGGGGGAAGAGGAGAGUGCGUGGGGCAAAGACAGACAGCAUCAUGGUCGUGCAGGGGCUGGAGGCGCAGGAGGGGCAUUCGGUUCGGUUUUAGCAGAGGAUGGCGCGGUGCUGAGGGGUUUUGGCCGGGCGCUGUCACUCAUCCUCGCACAGUACGAGGCCGGGAUCACCCACGUCGCCAAGGCAUGCGUGGCUGCUAUUUCUGCCUCCCCAGGAGCAUCAGCAUCCGCCCAACGCCUUGC